AUGCCGGAUGAGCGCAUUCUUUUAGUCACUGGAAUUCCCUCGAAGCUGUGUCGGGGGGAGGAGCUCUACAAGGUCUUUGGAAGCUAUGGUGCAAUCCAACAACUGCGCCUGGGAGAUGAUGCCUCCACCAAAGGUUGUGCCAUUGUUGUGUACGAGCUUUGCGAGGCGGCCUCUGCCGCCCUUGAGGCAUUGAAUGAUUUUAGGGUGGAUAAAGAUAGAUACCUUAGGGUAUCCGUGUACGACGAGGUACGGGACCGCAAGGCGCUGGAGAGAAGAAAACGGCGACGGGAAAUGAAAGCCGAAUAUAAACAAAAUAUAGCGAGUGAAUUUGGAGUCACUGAGGAGAAGAGCUAA